AUGGUGAACACGCGUCACACCACCUUCGACCCUACCAACCCAGAGGAAGGUAACGGAGAGCCGCUGCCUUCUCAGCACAUUCCUCAAGACCUGCCUGAAGACGUGCCCCCUCAGACAUCUCACCAAGAUGAAGCGCAAGACUACGAGGGCGAGGCAGAGUACGAAGUACAAAACGAAGAAGAGUGCUACAAGGAGGAGAACGAGGGGGAGUAUCAUGAUGAAGCUGUGGACCCCGGGCUCCCUCGCGACGAUCAGCAAGACUCGGAGGAAGAUGAGAGGAAAGAUUGGAAUGGCAACAAUGAAGACGAAGAUGAGAGGAAAGAUGACGAGAACGUCUUUAACAAGAAAGAAGACUAG